AUGAACAAGUUAAUUACCAUCAUCGUUGCCGUCCUCGCCAUCAUUGCUUUGGCUCAAUCUGCUACCAUUAACAGUAUCGUCCAAAAUGAUCAUACCCUCUUGAUCUCGACCACUCCACAAAACAUGAUUUGGGUUGAAGCCCAAUUAAAGUAUGGUGGUUUGAUUACCAACAUUUUACCAUACUGCAAGCAACCAUUCGGUCUCCCAAUUAACUGCACUCUCCCAGCUGUCCCAAGUUGUGACAACAUCCGUCUCUAUGCCACCGUCAUUGGUAUGGGUUCAAUGGAACUUACCAAGGACUUUACCUGUACCGUCACUGCUCCAUAA